CCCAUUUCUCGAUAACAACCGCAGGAAGUAUAUCCUCUCUUAUCCCUCCCAUUGAAAAGAAACUCGGUAAAAGGCUUGGGUGUGUAUCAGCGACAAAAAGCCAUCGGUCACUUUCCAAGACCCCGCCAAGCCCUCAACUCAACGGGAGUGACAGAUUCAUUUCAGAUGCUUUCUCUAGCCAUUCGGAGAUUUAUUGCGAGAUGCAACAAAGAAAGACUCCUUCUCUUUUGAGUCUACUCUUGCUCGAUGGCUUCUAGUUGGAAACACUUCAUCUUUUUCAUCCACCCUUUCGAGAAGAAUCGUGGUUCGUCGACUUCGUACGAAGCAUCCAAUCAAGCGAGAGGUGGUCUGAGACCAUCGGGGUUGAGAGGAUGCUUUGCUGACUGGGGUUCAUUAGCGAAAGUUUGGACUGCGAGUCUUUCUGGAGGUGUUUCGAGGUUUGGUAAUUUGUGGUGGUGGUUUGAUGCCUCUAAUGUUUCAAUCCUGAUGGACCUAGCCUCUUUGAGCUAGAGCUUGCGAGUUGCACGUUCUGGAGUCUGACGUGACAUGGGCCGCCCAGCGACGAGCUGCAAUAGACCUCAAGAGAGUUGACCUAUUCCCCAGAUGUGCAUCUUGAUGAUCCUAGAUGGUGGCCGUUGUGAGGCGACUUUGUUACCCACAGAUGAUUGUGACGGAAAAUUCCCCGAGACUGGUAUUGUCUGCCAAUGGAGGCUACUCGGUACAGCAGAACUUUCUCCAAGUUUCCUCUGAGCGACUCCGAUAUUCAUCUUUUCGAUCGUCGAGCGAGUACCGUGAGGACUUUUCCCUUAAGCAACAAAAUGGAUUCAACCCCAGGCCGCAAAAAGCAACAGUACCGAUAAUUAUUAAUCAUAUUCUUUUCCGCUAUAUCAAGGUCACGGGCAGGCUCCCAAUAGUGCUAAUGUUUUGAGAUGGAGGUUGUGAUUGAGGAAUCUGAUGCUCACAAUAACGCCUUUGCCAUCACUUCAAAUGGAGCAGAGGUGCUGGAUGGUGCAGUUCAACAUCAUGGCCCUGCUAUUAUGGCCUAUGGACAGGUGUUGGGGAACAUCGUUGCGAGGAGCAAUAAGUGGAUAUCGGAACACCGAAACUGGCUUGCAAAUCUUCCUCGGCGUGAUACGGAUGAAGAGAAUCCAGCAUCUGAGACUCCAGAACAAUCUCCACUACCAACAAUAACAUCAUCGGCUCAUUAUGGUCCUAUUACUUCACCGCCAAACCUGGAUAGACGACAAGAGCCACUUUUUAAUGCUCUUAGUCCCAUCGCUGGCUUAUCACUCUGUGGUCCUCCGGUUGCAUCGGCUGUGGCCUCUGUUUCUGCAGAAGCCGCUGCCCAACUCCAAAUUGUCCACCAAUCAGCAGCUGUAGAGUUGCAAACCCAGGAACAAAAUGCGGCACAAGUAAUAGAAGCUCUCCGGAGGUCUUUGGAUUCGGCACUGGCAGCACUUCAAGGCCAAAAGACUGCCGCUCCUCCUCCGCCUGCACCUCCAAUACCACUUGCACCGCCUGCGCAACUACCUAAUAAUACCGUCACAUAUGUUUUAACAACUACUAUCAGCGCUCCUCCUCCGCCACCUCUUGAGCCGCCACCGCCUCUAACUAACGUCAUCACUUCUGUUUAUACUACCACUGCGAUUGCUCCUCCGCCACUUCUUGAACCGCCACCCCCACCCCUUACUAAUACCGUUGUUUCUACUCUAUAUCUAACAACUACCGUCAGUAUGCCUAUGAUAACUCCUAGUGUACCUACACCACCAACAACUGUUCUUUCUACUAUUAUGAUUACCUUUUCUGAUGGUGUGGUUGCAACGACUGUUCCCGGAGCUGUUCCUGGGGGUGGAGGGGGAGGCGGCGGCGGAGCUAAUCAGAGCAAUCCGAGUUUGGAAAGCUCGCUUGUUGCGAGCGCGAUAGCAGGUGCCAGUGCUGCUAUUUCCUCCGCCAAUGAUGCUAGAGGUAAGUUUUACGUCGGCUAAUCAUGCUGAGAUGUAAAUGUACUAAUAAAUUAUCCUGUAUAGCCUCUGUCAGUCUCGAACUAGAACAAGCUCAAAGUAGCUUGUCAUCCCUGGCCGUAAGUCCAUGAUUACUCUGCAUGUUCAAACAUCUACUAAUCCAAUCUCCAAGUCUCAAGCUACACUUUUGCCUAACAAUACAAUUGGCAAAAUAGUAGAGACCCCAGCCAAUUUCGCUCUUAUCUUGGUUUUUUCAUCCCUAGGCACGGCUUUUAUAGCAGUCUUAAUCUUCUUUUGGCUCUUAACAUGCUGCCGCAAACGUCGGCAGAAAAAACGGGGCCUAGGCAUGCCUACGUCGCGGGAUUCCCAAGAAACAAUGUUUCGAAGAGUCACUGACGAUCCUGUGGUGUCUCCCUACGACCCCACUGGUUUCGCUCGCGAAAGAAAAAGAAGUGUGUCCCGAGGACGACCUAUCAGUAGAGAGAUAGACGAGAUGGGAAAGAUCGUCGAACUGCCACCGGGCUUACCGGGGAACAUCGUAGGAUUUCUCGUGGACGAAAGUCGAAGUGCAAGCAGAGCUCCAACCAGAACUGAAAUGAGGGAGAGAAGUAGAAGUGCAGCACCCCUUGAUGGGGAUUCUCCUACGCGAGGACGAUCGAUGGUCGAUCCCGUUCCGCUUAUUCGGCUAUCACCACAACCACCACCACUGCCACAGCAGACAUCACCAGAUAAACCACCAGAACGACCGAAACGAACCCUUUCCCGAAAGAAUACUCUGAUAUACGACCCCGACCGUCCCAACUCCCCCCCAAUCUUCGGAAACACUUUCACAGAACGUCUCUCCCGACUCUCCAAGCUGGACAUGACAGCCGUCCCAGGACCUUUAAACCAAAACAAAUCCACCAUCUCCACACCCGGUCCAUACACACCCGUCCCCGAUUCCACAGACGGCUACCCCACCCGCGCCUUCACAUUCCUCGACACCGAACCACACGAAACCAAACUCACCACCCUCUCCGCCCCGGGAACACCCUACUCGACCGCCCCCCCCUCGCUCCCCUUCUGCUCCCCCAACCGCUCCUCCUUCAAC